UGGCCACAGUUUAUGCAACACUGGGAGACGAGGCAGUGCUGUACGCGAUCAACGAGGCACAAGCAAGAACAAUUCUUGUCUCAUCACUGAACGCUUUGAAAAUCGCUCGAAUAUUGGACCGCUGUAAAACUCUAAGGAUGAUCGUUUGGUUCACGUCACAGGAGUUCACAAGAGAUGAUCAACCAUCGCAACAGCUAAAAAAUAAAGAUACAGAGUUGCCGGUAAUUAACUUUCAAGAACUGCUUCAUCGUGGUGAAAAGUCAGGUGAGCGGAUUUUCAGUAUUAGUCACUCAAUUUAUUUUUCAACAAUUCUGCAAUUUUUGCUGGCAAAGCGGUAG